AUGGAAAGAAAUAGUCUCGCAGCAUUAUAUACCCAUUAUCAUGUUGAUACACAAAUAUAUCCGCCACCUGAUCUUCAGAUCAAUGAAAUAAUACAAGAAUUAUUGUUGUACCCGUCCAAUUUCUAUUUGCAAUCCUCAAGAUUUCCAAACAAAAGUUUGGCAGAUCGACAGAGAGAGAAUUUCAGACAAAGAUUUCAAAUUUGGGAAAAAGAUAAAAAACGACGAAGAUCUAAUAGAAAUGAAACAAAAACUAAUCAUAAACGAUUAGAAACUAAUCAGUUUUAUCAACGAAAUAUGAUUACGGUACGUCGAAUACCUUGUCAUGAAGUGCUGAAUUCACAAACGAUUAUGAAAAAUUCAUCGGAAUACGAACAAAUUAAUCUCACGAAUAAGUGGAAUAAGAAAAUUCAAUCAGCUAAUCUCGUAGAAAAUCAAUUGCAAGGCUGUAAAAAUUAUCCUCAUGAAUUCGAUACAUCACUUAGUCAUGUCAAACUCCAGGCACCACCAAUACAAUCGUCUAUAAACAAGUUAUUAGUCUCGUCAUCAACCACAACUAGUAAUAAGGACACUUCGACAAUUCUUGUUUCUAAUAUUUUCUUUUCGCAACAAGCACUCGAGAAGAAAAUGUCAAAUUCCAUGAGUGUGAGAAAAGCGAGGGACAUAUAUGUAGACGAUUCGUCUGCUUGUUCAUUGGCAUUUACACAAUUACUUAUUGACGAUCACAAUCAACCUAAACCAGAUGCUGCUAUUCCGCACACUACUACUACUAUGCCCGGUACACAGAUGGAUUUUGAAGCAUUACCUGUUAUGACACCUCAUGUAUCAUCUAGCAGAAGUGUUGCUUCGAUAGUGCCUCAUUUUCCAUCGACAAUAGUUCCUCAUGUUCGACGACAUGUUCGAUCAUCAACAAGUACUAGAUCAAAUGUCUGUCAAACAGAAUUCCCUACAUUGACAAAUGAAAAUAUUCAAGAUUUAGUUGAUCAACUAAAUUCUUGCAUUGAUACACUUAGUCUUUUAAUUGAACAGGAAAAAUAUAUUAUUGCACAACGAAAAUCGUAUGAAAAUGAAAAAAUCAGUAGAACUAAAAAAAAAUCAGGACAAUUAUCAUCGUCUUCAAUAUCAAUAAAAAAAACGUGUUCGACAUUUUCAAAACAGUCCAUUAUCGAUGAGAAUGAUUUUAUUUCUGAAGAUAUUACAGUACGACGAUGUAAUUCUUUCAAUAAUCAAGAACACACAAGUAUGUGCUAUUAA